CACUUCUUCGUUCCACUGUUUCCUUCGGGUUUGCGUCUUCCCCCUCCAAGAUGGAGGCCUUAGGGGGCUAUCCCGUCAAGUAUUCCGGGCCCAAAGUGAAAAGGUUGACGGUUCUUUUGAGCAUGACAGUCGGGAUUGGCUGCUUGUUCCUGCUCCAGACGCAGCUGUUGAAGCCCCGAAAGCCGGCCGACUUUUAUUCGUUCGAGGUAAAAGACGCGAAAGGGAGGACGCUCUCUCUGGAGAAGUUCCGAGGAAAAGCUUCUCUGGUUGUCAACGUGGCGAGCCACAGCGAGCAGACCGAGGCGGCUUACCGGUCCCUCCAGGAGCUCCACAGGGAGCUGGGCACGUCUCACUUCAACGUCCUGGCCUUCCCCUGCGGGCAGUUCGGCGACACCGAGACCGGAACCAGCAGUUACAUCGAGGCGUUCGCCAAGUCCACUUACGGGGUCACCUUCCCUUUCUUCGCCAAGAUCAAAAUAAUGGGCUCCGAGGCCGAACCGGCUUUCAAAUUCCUCACAGAUUCUGUGCAGAAAGUUCCCAAGUGGAACUUUUGGAAGUUUCUCGUGAAUCCUGAGGGAAAAGUGGUGCGCUUCUGGCGAGCCGAUGAGCCCGUGGAGAGCAUUCGCCAAGAGGUGGCAGCGAUGGUGCGAGAGAUCAUCCUGAAAAAGCGAGCUGAGCUAUGAUGGCCUUUUGUUGUUGUUGUUGUUGUUUUUUAGCGUUACUUAUUGGACACACCCCGUUACUCUGUCCUAUGCCAUGAGGAUCAGAACUGUCAGGAAUGAAAUGUUAGGCUACGUCGUGCGUGGUUGAACCAUGACUCCAAAUAGUGGGAUGAUCAAACUUUUUGUGUAGCUUGUGACAAUGUGUGUGUGUGUGUGUGUGUG